UAGAAAUCAACUUCAAAGUUUGAUUAGCAAAAUAUGAAGAUCAUUAUUGGAUCUUCCUUCUGGAUCUUUGGUUGGGCAGUCAUCCUUAAUUCUAUUGUGUUAAGUUCGCAAUCAGAAUCCCCCAGACUACCACCUCUGGAAUACAGAGAACGCGGAACUCCAUAUCCAGAAUUAAGUACGAAAUCAGGAACUCCCAUAGAAGUUCUCCAGAAAUUCAACCUUCCAGAUCUGCCUGUCAGGAAAGUACGAUGCCCGACACUCGCACAGCGUACACAAUUCUCAACCUUUCUAGUGAAAGAUGUUAUGGGAAUUUACCAAGAAUGUACACCCGACAAAAUUUUAUUAGCAAUAGGUCCUAUGAUCUUUGGACAUAUCUUAGAGGAUAGGAUCAGAGCCAUAGCCGGUGUGAAAUGCAGCGAGAUUUUGUAUGACGAAAGAUACGAUAAACAAUUCAAGGUCGAAAUAGAUUUUCUGAAGGAAAAUUUUAACGUAAAUGGUCUUGUGCCUGAGCAUAUUUUAGAUUUAAAUGUAAUUGAGCCGUUCGGAACGUACAGAGGAGCACUACAUCCAAGACCACCAAUGUUUGUGGCGAGCUCUUCCUCCGAAGCCGACCACAGCUCCGUCUCCACCAGCCGUUCGCCUAGACGCUCCCCCAAAAAAUUCAUCAGCAAGAUUUUCUAUAGCUCCUCUGGCCGCUCUUCCUAACCUUAUUUCAGCACCGUUGGCAGCUUCUGACAAAAAUGAUUAGGAUAAUUUUUGACUUCAUACUCUGUUAAAACUUCCGACAUUUUCUGCUUUCUAAUACUGAAAUGAGUUUAAAUUUCGAUGCUGAGACGCUUUCUUAAUUUAAAUUUCUCACGCCAAAGAUAAAAAAAGCUCUCGAAAAUCCUUUAAGCCAGGCUGAAUAGUUGGAGGCAUGUUUCAGGAAAAGUGGUAUUUGGACUACAUGAAAUUUUGUCUCGUUCAAAGCGUUUGUGCAGAGCGUGGAUUUGACGGAACAUCGUCAUCUGGCGGAGAUACUCUAUUGUAGCAUUAACUUAACAUUUGUUUUACUUUCCGUGGAGCGACAGACCCACCACCCUAAAAUAUUUACACAAUUCUAGUGCCGGAUGUGGCUUUUCGAAAAAUAUUAACAAAUUAAAAUAUAUUAUUUGGAUUAAGCUUUGUUACAUUAUGUUGAAAAAAAUUCGAAUGAAAGUAAAAAGUGAUAAAUGUCUUCCAUUCCAGUAAGAAGUUAUUAUACUUUUGUAUCUACUUAGUUAAUGAAACACUCACUUAAGCAUCUUCUUGUAAUUUCAGUUUUAAUAACCGGCCUUUGUAGCAUAACAGCACAAUUGUCAUCCGUUGCAUGUGAAGGAAAGUAGACUCCUACUCGAAACUGACCAUCAGCAAGAGUUCAGGUAUUGCUGCUCAAGAAUUAUUGUAUUUCGGCUUUUUUAAAUUUGUGAACCUUUUCUUUUACUAUAUAAUAAUUUUUUCUAAUCUUGAAUAAAUGAAGUGCUAUAAGAAGAAGAAAGAAACGUUUUUUUACAUUCGCAUCAGAGAAGAUAU